GCUGAUCAGCACGACUGCCUAAGUGGAAACAGAAAAUGGCAUCCGAACUAAUGUUCCUCAUUCUGGAUGUGCUUGCUCUGUUUUGCUGUGGAUUGCACAGGCUGCAGGGUGAGGUCACGCUGUGCUGGACGCCAAGGGGCCAUGCAGAUGAGCAGAGCUAAAUGCACUGACUGUGAGCAGCUUCCCACAGAGUUCUUGCCUUCCUGGAUGCUGGGAGAGGCCCUUUCCUCUUCCAGCUGAUUGCUGCUGGCCUGCAUCAAGCAAGUGUAGCACACCAUGUUUCCCUGGAAGGAAGUAAGCACUGUUUCCUUGAAACAGCAAAGUCAAAAUGCAUCCAUGGCAAGCUGAGCCUGGUAUGGGCUCUGAGACUCUGUGAGUCUGAGGGACUGUUGCAAGUCCUCAGGGUGGGACUUUGUAGUACUUCUGCAGGUAGAGGCACAAAGCAAAAUGAGCACUUGGGGACUUGUUUCACUAUUGUUUAAAAUAUCUUGGUUUUUCACACUAAGACCGCAGAAGCUUUUCUUAGAGAAUGAAGGGAGGAAUCCAGCAUUCUGAACUAUAAACUACAUGAUAAGUUCAUUUUUUCUCCACUUGCCUUUGACUUAGCUUUGGAUAUUUGGAGAUUUCAGAGUUUCUCUUUCCAAACUAGUUUGUUUUCCCUUCUAGACUGAAGUUUGAGCUGGUGUGUCUCUUCUCCCUCCCAGUCUAAUUUACUCUGGUUAACCUUAUGCUUCUGCCUGCUCUGAGCUCCAGCCUUUCCCUCAGUAGAGAAAUGGUCUCAGUUACUGACUCUUGUCCUCUUGGAAGUGCUCUGGGCACGUCUCAGUGAGUGACACCUGGGCACACAGCCAUGAGGUAAAGCCCUGGGAGUGCUUUCUGUGAAGGGAAGGAGUGCAGCACCCAGCCAGGGUGGGCCAGUGGGUCUCCACAAAGUCUGUACAUCAGCUUUGCUGGCUGCUGAAGUGACGCAUUAAUCUGUGCCGAGCCUUAUCGAGUGUGGCUUAUCAAAUUCAUGGCUUAUCAGCACAGUUCAUGUCAUGCACGUAAACAGCAGGAUCUCCACCUCUCCAGUCCUGGUCUUGUUCUGUCUCCAGCUCCAGCUGUAGCAGCUGUUCCCUGGAACCUGUGUCUUUGUGCCAUCUUUGUUGUCUCCCGGGUGCCGGGCCCGGGACAGCGGGGCCCAGAGCUGCCAUGACGACAGGCGACUGCUGCCACCUCCCCGGCUCCCUGUGCGACUGCCCGGGCAGCGCUGCCCUGUCCAAGUCUGUGGAGGAGUCGGACAUGGGCCGCCCUCAGUACAUCACGCAGGUCACGGCCAAGGACGGCCGGCUCCUCUCCACCGUCAUCAAGGCGCUGGGCGCCCAGAGUGAUGGUCCCAUCUGUCGAAUCUGUCAUGAAGGUGGAAAUGGGGAGGGACUGCUUUCCCCAUGUGACUGCACAGGAACACUGGGCACCGUGCACAAGAGCUGCCUGGAAAAAUGGUUAUCCUCCUCCAACACAAGUUACUGUGAGCUCUGCCACACAGAAUUUGUUGUAGAAAGAAGACCAAGACCCUUGACAGAGUGGCUGAAGGACCCCGGGCCCCGCAAUGAGAAGAGGACGCUGUUCUGUGACAUGGUGUGUUUCCUGUUCAUCACUCCCCUGGCGGCCAUCUCGGGCUGGCUGUGCCUGCGCGGCGCCCAGGACCACCUGCAGUUCAACAGCCGCCUGGAGGCCAUCGGACUCAUAGCACUCACUAUAGCACUUUUCACCAUCUACGUCCUCUGGACACUGGUCUCGUUCCGCUACCACUGCCAGCUGUACUCGGAGUGGCGAAGGACCAACCAGAAAGUCCGGCUGAUGCUCCCGGCCUCGCGGAGCCCCCACCCCGUGCCCCACUCCCUGCUCUCCGCCAAGCUGAUGAAGAAGGCCGCGGAUGAGACCACGGUCUGAGCCGUCCGCGGGCGGCCACGGCGCAGGGUCGGGCGUCCCCACAGGCCCAGGGACCGUGGCAGCUGUGGGGGCACUGGAAAACAAUCAUCCCACCCAAAGGCACUCUGCCCUCAGCUUUAGACCUUGGCAAAGAGACACAUAUCAACAUCUGUGGGGGAAAUGGCCCAAAAGAGCCUGAUGGCAGAAAAUGCCUGUCUGCAGGGACACUUUCCUAUAAUGAAAUACCAUACAUGGAAAACAUCUCCCUCUCUCUCUCUCCAUAUAUAUAUAUAUAUAUAUCUAUAUAUAAUAUUAUUUUUUAAUGGCCAUGCAUAUUGUGUUACAGUCCUUUUGUGUUGAUGUUCUAAGCUUCAGGAUAGAAGCUGGCAAUCUGAUCUCAUUCAGAGGUUAAAUCAAUGCCUUUUCUCCAAAUGAGCGUAUGAGGAACACUUUUCAUCAACCAUUCUUGAAAGUCCCCUUCUCCUUUGCACUAAAUUGGUUUUGAUAUACUACAGCAGCCUUCCCGUUACUCUUUGGUCUCUUUUGUGGUGUUCUGUCCUUUCUAGAAAGUUGAGUGUUUUUAAUAAUUAUUAUAAUCCCAGAAGGAGUAAAAUGACAUAAUACUGAAUGGAGACAUUUUGUAUUGUAAAGUACUGUAAUUUUGAGAAUUUCAAAAUCAGUUUCAGAGUGAGAGAAUCUUUUCCGGCGCAGACAUGAUCUCACAAAAUGCUUUCCUUGAGAUCCUGGCUUAUCCCCAGGACUCGGAUGCACUCAGCCCUUGGUCUGUCUGGCAAAGGUGGAUGGAGGAUCCGAGGGUGGGAAGAGAUGGCUCCGUACUAGCUAAACCCACCACUGCCUUUUGCUUUGCAAAGAGUGAGAAAGGAGCUUUCCUGACCCCAGAAGGUGGGAGUUGGAGUCUCUGUUUGCUGAUGUCCUUUUGCCAGCUUGAGGCUGGACCUCCUGUAGCAUCAGUUUCACACGUACCUUAGGGGACAGGCCGUGCCCUGGCAGGACGCAGGUGCUCUUGGCUGUCUCUGCGCUUUAUUUGCACAUUCCAGAGGAGCUGCUGGCGUUGGGUUCAUCCCUGGUAGCGCUGCCUGCCUGUUGUGUCCUCUAGUGAAACCCCCCAGUUUGCUGGUCCCAGAGAACAGGCUCUGGGUCCCUUGUCCAGUGGGGCCAGUGUUCCUCCUUCUCCUCCUCCUUUCACCUGUGUUUCCAGCACAUGCAGUUCUCAAAGCCCUCUGUCUCAGAAUGCCCCCUUUGCCAAGAGUCCCCCUGGUUUGGCUUUGGUCCUUGCCUCUGCCACCUCACCCUGCCAGACAGUGCCUGGUGCUGAUCUCUCCUGAGCCUUGAGUGGCACAGGCUGUGGGGACACUGGCUGUGAUGCUGCCCUGCCAGGUGCUCCAGGGGUGUGUGCAGCUGCUUUGCUGGAGCCUGGGCUCUGGCUCCGUGGUGGUGAGGGUAGAGAGCAGGCAAGAGGCAGGCUCUGAGGGGCCUGUGUCCUUGCACUGGGUGGUGGUGGUCAUGCACUAUGUCCCUCUGCCCCUUUGCUGAAAGCAACUGGGUCAGUGCAAUGCCCUGUGAGAUGGACAUCUGUAAUUUCCUGAAUUCAAAGCACCAUGUGCACUUCCUCCUCCUCCUCCUCCUCUCUAGCUGCCAAGCAGGAUGUGUUUCCUUGUGUGUUCCCUCAGCCUGAGCUGGAAGUUUCUGGUGGCCUGAGCAGCAGAGACCAGUGUGCCAACUUCCCCAACAGGAUUGCUCCUGGCCCUGGUGUCUGCUCUCCUCUGUCCCCUCUCCCAGGUGCAGCUCGGGGAUACCCUGACACAUCUUGCAGCAGCCCCUUUGUGCCCUGAGGGCUGCUCUGAACUGGUCUCUCCUCCAAGCGUGAGGGGCUGGUGUGACUGUGGGUGAAUGUCCUCUGCUGCAGCCAGGCUGCUCAUCUCUGCUCCCCGACUGUCCCCUCCCUUCUUCCACAUGCCUGGGCUGUCUGCCCUUUUCCCAGUCAUGCACUCAUGCAGGGAUUACUCUGCUUCUGGUACUCUUGGUGGAGAGGCUGCUGCAGUCCUCUCCAGUCACAGUCCCUGCUCCAGUCCCAUCCCAUUCCCACGCAGGUGAUCCCACCCUGCAUACCCCUUCCCAUGGCAGCAGGCUCUGCACCACUGCUCUGUGCCUUGUCCUGGGUGUCCCUUCCUUCAGCCCCUUCCCAACAACCCCCUUGUCACCAGGACAUCACCAGUGAAGAAAAAUGGAAGGGGGGGCUUAACCUUCCCAGGCCUGGCUGCCUCCCGGGAGCUUGGCCCCACAAGGCACCGAGUUGUGGCAGGUGAUGAGGGAUGCUCUCUCCCAUAGCAUGUCCCCAGGGUAAGGACUUCAUGGAGCCAGUGUUCCACUUAAGAAACCCACCAUCAAUCCAAAUAUGCAACUGUGAAAGCCAGAAGCCCUUGGCUGGGGCAGUGGGGGCCCGGUCCCGUGUGUGGCUGUGGCUGCACUCAGCAUCCUUGGCUUUGUUGUCAUUGCCAAUAAUUGGAGUUGUUGCUUGUGCCCCCACAAGACUCAGUGACUCUUUGAGUCUUGUUCUCCUUCCCAGAGAUGUUCAGCUCGUGGAUGUGGGCAAUGGUGUCUGACCCACCACGUUCCAGUGUGUUCUGGGGAAAUGGGCUGUGCAAUGAUGUAAAUAAAAGUGAGACAAAC